AAGGCGAUUUCCUUUGGCCAACUAUACGAUUUAAGCAAUAUUGUUGCUUCACCAGCCAACAGUGUUGAUAAACAAUUUUAGAAAAUGUUUGCGGUUGUACAGUUCAUCGAGAACAAUAAGUUUCAAGUGUUAGCGGUACCGGUGUCGUGGAUAAAAAGUGGAAACUUGAUGUGGCCGAAAAUUACCAAUGAGAAAAUAGAGGCAUUGCGUGCAGCGGGAGAUGAAUUUCAUGGUGCCACCAAACGUAUUCCGGUCGUUAUUUCUAGAAAAGUUCGAAAUUUUCUAGCGGCGGAAAAAAUUGCAGAGGAGCUGACCAAAAAGAAGAAAAAACUCAAGCCACCUAAAAAACCAGUUUCGACUAAAAACAAGGAGAACAACGAAUCUAUAAAAUAUGAAGAGUUGAAAAAGGAUUUACAGCAAUUUAUUCAAGAUACGGUGCAAACCGUGGUAGAAAAAUGCUUUGAUGAUCGUUUCUCUAAACUGGCUGCUCUACUGCAAAUGAACGUCAAAUCUUCUAACAAGACUACUCUGGAAGUAGCUGACGAACCGGUUGAAAACCACCUGCGCAUUGAUGAUGAUAAUCAAUUGCACGAUUGGAAUGUAAGGUUGGGAAACGAAGAUCUUUGCGAAAAAUAUGUCGUAUAUUUCUCACGGAUUAUUCCACCCAAUGCAUACAUCGGAAAUGGGGAUAGUGCUUGCUAUACGAUCGUCGAUUGCCUUUUCACGAGGGACUUUUGGACUCGUUUUACCUGGACCGGCAUCAGUCGGGGUAAAAAAUCAAAACAAGGCUUCCGGGAAUUCGGUAAUAUUUUGCAGCUGCUGGUGAGAUUAGUAUGCAUAGGUGAUCCAACAUACAAUGCACAGAAAUUGGAGAGUUUCUGUAAAAACCGUCUGUUUAGAUACAGUAAAUCUCGCAGUAUGAGCAAGCAAUUACGCAAGUCUGCUUGCCGUUUAACGCGGAAAAAGAAAAUGCCGGGGAAGCUUCCUAAACUUGAAGCUGUUUACCAGAUCAAACGUGAAAAUUCUGUAGAUUUAAAGGAUCAAACCGACAGUGAUGAAGAACACGAGUACGCAUCUCAGGAUGAUCCGGAAGCUGCUAAUGUUGAUAUCGGAACCUGAGGAUGAUGAUGUGAUAAGUUGAAUUAAUUUUGCUCAGUGUUUUUCAUAGUUAGCAGUUCUCCUUCAAUGCUAUUCAUAAUUAGAAGUCCGUAUAAGCUCUUUGUUUUGUUUAAAAAAAAAAAUGUCUGAAUUUUGUAACUUAA